GGAGGAAGGUGCAAGAAGCUGUGGACAGGAAAUCGCGUCCCGCGCGUGGCCGUGAGCGCGCGGGAGAUAUUUAAGAAGCCCUAAGCCUUAGUGCAGGUGGCUCCAACCCCAGGACUCCAGGGAUCAGACCCGCGGUGCAGGUGCUCCCCCAUGUCAGGGCCAGGCGUGACUUCCCGCGCCCGCGAUGCUAGGGAUGGUAGGGGGAAGGCCCUGCUGAGCCUGCCUGUGCCUCUCUUGUGGACGGAGUUAGACCUCACUCAGUGGACGCCGCACAAGGAGCGCUAGCGCGCGACCACGCGGGUCACUCCGUGACCACAUCUGGUUCAGGAGCCGGAGCAAGGGCAGAAGCGGUGCGCAUCUGGACAGCGCAGACACCGUCAAGGCAGAGCGGACGUCCGCGGGGUGCACUCUUCGGGUCCUCCCUCCGGGGGCGCGGCCUGCCCCGGCGAGCUGGUGGCUGGGGCCCGGCAAGCAGGUCUGGCGCCACCCAAGCAGAGGGGAGCGGCUGCAAACAGCUCCCUUGGCCUUGCGUUCAGUCCAUGAACAGCCCUUUCCGCGAAGACGCCGGAUCCUCGCAGGCCGAACCCCUUCCUUUCCGAGCUCCCUGCCGAAGGGCCGCCUUUCCCUCUGCCUUCCCACUGCCUGCGUUUCCCCGCACGCAGACACCCUAGGACUCUGCGGACACCGAGGUCGCCGGUGCAGCCCACAAAGCUUCAUGCCCAGGAGUGCGCGGACCCUACAGACAAACCCACCCGGUGCUCCAGCCCACCGGGCCGCACUGUGUGGAGCCCCGGGGACCCCGUGAUGUAGCCGGUGCCGCGGCAGCCGCGGCGGGCCAGGAGACUCGGACUCCAGCAACGGUCUCCGUCCACCGCCUGUAUUUGGCACUGAGCCAUGGGGAGGAAGCUGGAUCUGUCCGGUCUUACAGACGACGAGACGGAACAUGUUCUCCAGGUGGUGCAGAGAGACUUCACUCUCCGCAAGAAGGAGGAAGAGCGUCUCAGCGAGAUGAAGCAGAAGCUGGAGGAGGAGGGCAGCAAGUGCAGCAUCCUGGCCAAGCACCAGAAGUUCGUGGAGCACUGCUGUAUGCGCUGCUGCGCACCCUUCACCUUCCUGGUCAACCCCCGGCGCCGCUGCGGGGACUGCAAGUUCAAUGUCUGCAAGAGCUGCAGCUCCUUCCUGAAGCCUGAGAAGGCCUGGGUCUGCUGCGUCUGCCAGCAAGCCAGGCUCCUGAGGACGCAGUCCCUGGAGUGGUUCUAUAGUAACGUGAAGAGCCGCUUCAAGCGCUUCGGCAGCGCCAAGGUCCUCAACAACUUGUACCGGAAGCACCGGCUAGAGUCUGGCGUGGGCUUCGAUGUCCUAGCAGGAGGCUUUCUCGAGUCCCACCUGGAGAAUGAGGGAAGCGCCUCAGGCAGCGACUCCACCUUUUACCGGCAGUCAGAAGGACACAGCAUGAUUGACACCUUGGCGGUGGCCCUGCGUGUGGCAGAGGAGGCCAUUGAGGAAGCCAUCUCGAAGGCGGAAGCCCACGCAGACAGCCUGGACAAGCAGAACGAGGCCACUUAUCUGCGGGACCACCGAGAGGAGCUCACUGAGGAGCUGGCUGCCACGAUCCUGCAGAAGAUCAUAAGGAAACAGAAGAGCAGGAGCGAGCAGCACAGGGAGGAGGAGCCCGAGUGGCCACUGCUGCGGGACUGCAGCGCGAAGGAAGAGGAUGAAGGCCACAAGGCAGCCCUGGGAGACCCCCGGGUGCCCACAGCGCUCUGGAGGUCACAGUCUGCGUUCGUGUUCCCAGGAGGAGACCCGGGGAAGACUCCUUCCCUGGAGGCUGUGGUGAGGCAGCGCCCUGGGCAGCCGUGUGCCCUGCCCGGCUGGAGGAGCGUGGACGGACUGGAUGGAACAGGUGCAGCCCCAGUUCUCCAGAGCCCCGAUGGGAACUGGGUGGCCCUGAAGGAUGGCGCAGCACCCCCUGCACACCUGCUGGCCACGCGGAAGAGUGCGACUCUGCAGGCCCUGGAGGUGACAUCCCGAGCAUCAUCUGCAUAUGAGGGGCUGGGCUCUGACAGUGAGGAGGACUUUGACUGGAGCAUGGCCUUGGGAGAGCUGUGUCUACAGCCCCAGAGUAGCAACCACGGCCCCCUGGCUGCCUCUCCCUCUCCGGCAGCCUCCCCCAACCCUGAAGCCAUGGGCUCUGACUCUGAGUCCUCCGCUGGCUGCUCCCAAGACUCAAGGCACGGGGCCAGGCCCUCCUGGCCACCCAGGAAGGCUCCCUGGAAUCCUGCAGCAGAAAGGGUGCACCUGCAGGGCGAGCUGGACGUGAACUUCAACCUUCAGGCCGCCGGUGGGAACACCUCAGACAGUAGUGAGCCUGAGGAGGCCCCCCAUGAGAUGGACCAGCAGGCCAGGCGGUGGCACAGGGCAUGCCUGGACCCCAAAGAGCAGUGCACCCCUGAUUCCCACGCUGUACACCCCCACGUACACCAGGUUCCCAGCAAUUUGUCAGAGACUGACCUGAGCAACGAGGCUGCAGACUCCCGGACCAGCAUCGACACAGCCGAGGAGAAGCAGAGGAGCCGGCUAUAUGAGCUGGCCAUGAAGCUGAGCGAAAAGGGGACAUCUUCCGGGGAGGACCCCGAGUCUGAGCCCAGGACAGAGCCUGAGGACCCGAAGGAGGGCCUGUCCUCAGAGGAGAGCACUCGCAGUGUCCAGCAUGAGCUGAGGAAGAAGUAUUCUGCUGUUUCUCUCUGCAACAUCUCCACAGAAGUCCUGAAAGUCAUCACUGCCACAGAGGAGCUGAUCGCAGAGUCCACGGGGCCCUGGGAGCUCCCGCCGGUUGCCGCUGGCACAGAGGAGAGGACAUUUCCUCUCGGGACCAACCAGGCAAGGCUGGAGGAGCAGCUGACCUCCCUGGAAGAGAACGUGUACCUGGCAGCAGGAACGGUGUACGGGCUGGAGGGUCAGCUCACCGAGCUAGAGGACGCCGCCCGCUGCAUCCACAGCGGCACGCAGGACACUGAGCUGGCGGAGCUGGAGGACCAGGUGGCCUCGGCCGCUGCACAGGUGCACCAUGCAGAGCUGCAGAUUUCGGAUAUCGAGAGCCGGAUUUCAGCCUUGACCAUUGCAGGCUUGAACAUAGCGCCUUGCGUGCGCUUCACGAGGAAGCAGGAGCAGAAGCGAAGGAGUCAGGUGCAGACCAUAGACAGCUCCAGGCAGCAGAGGAGAAAGCUGCCUGCCCCGCCAGUGAGAGCUGAAAACACUGAAGCAUGCUCGGUGACCACGGUGAAAACAUUCAACCGCAACUUCAUUCUCCAAGGCCCGGCCAGCAGACCAGCAGAGAGCAGCCCACAGGACCUGACGGAAAGCUCAGUGUAUUCCCAAACGCAGACUGCAUAGAUCCCUUUCCAGUGACCACAGUGCCGAAAGGUACCCUGUGCACAGGGGGGCUCAGGACAGUGCUCGUGUUGCCCGCAGGAGCCAGUGCUGGAGUCCGCUGGGAUGUACUGAUGCCAUGGAGCACACUGCCAUGACCACUGCCCGGCCCACACGACAGUGCCUUGACCAACAGCCAUGAACCCUCGGGGGUCCACCGGGGAGAGGCCCAGGAGGCCGCGGUGACAGAGACCCAGGCCGCCGUGGACCCAGGCAGCCGCCCUGCUCACUUGGCCUCUGGCUCCAAAUCCAGCCCAGCACCAGCGCUGGCCUCCCCAUCCGCUUCGCUGCUGUGUUGUCCUCGGGAUGCUCUUUGCUUCGUCACUUCAGUUCAGCCGGAUGCUGUGUCAGCACGGUCCCAUGGGAAACUGUUGAGGGGAGGGAGGCGGGCACUGUCACCUAACAUCACCAGUGCUCACUGACCUGCCACAGACGGCUGGGCUAACAAAUGCCAGGGAAGCGAGGUGGGCCCUGCGCCAAGCCCCGGGCACAGGUGACAUGGGGCCUGCCCUCAGCCAUCCCUGCAAGGCUGGGAGUGCCACAGGGCUUGCUUUGCUGCUCCUGGUUGCAGCUGGGAGUGAGGGGCCAACUCGCCUGGGCCAGCCCGGGCCCAUGCAAAACAUGUCACGCUGCAGCUUGAGUUCUUCUGGAGGCUGGGGCCAGGGUUCGAGGAUAGUCACCAUCACUUCCUCCUUGGGCCCUGUCUGGAGUCACCAUAGCUGUGACCACACCAGAAAGAGGGCUGGGUAAACAACAUAGGACCAAGAUGACAACAGCUUGUCCUCAAGAAUUUAGGUCCCAAUUAAUAGUCAGCAAGGCAGCAAAAUGGCCUUCAAGACAAAGGUGGGAAAAGGAGAAAGAGCCUUCAAAAAGCAUGCACUUCGGGAGAAGCAAGGACAGUGUAACCAACAGGCCCACAAGAGGACGGCUGUGGUCUAUCUGCAGCGGCUCAGAUGCCUGUGGAUGGAGAGGGAGUGUCACUCAGCUAAGUGGGUGUUGGACACAUUUUUUAAAUGCUUGCCCCUGAUAGAUUGUGACUCUAGAGAAGGAAGAGGAGGGGUAAAGGAGUAGGGAGACAGCGCUUAUCGGGUGUGGCCAGGAAGAGGCAGCCUUCUCACUUUGAUCCUUAACCCUCUGCUGUAGGCAAACCCACUUCUCAGAUUUGAAAACCAAAGCCCAGAGAGGUCAGUGUUUUCCAGUGUCACACCCAUAGGCUCAGUGAGUGGCAGGAAUGCCUCACAGAAGCCAGGCUUUGUUUCCAGACCCUGUUCCUUUCCCUUCUCUGCGUCCCCAGACCUGAGCUGCUGCCAGCUCGUGUGUGAAAUUCACUGCAGGCCGGCUCUGCUGGUCUGCGAAUGUGUCUUGCUCACGCUCUGUGUGUGUGUGUGUGUGUGUGUGUGUGCACCAGCCGAAGCCAUGCCUUUGAACAAGUAAACUUCGGCUUUUUGUUCUGUUGGUGUGUUUCAAAGCAAAACGAAACAAAAAAACUAAUUUUAAAAACACAACAACAAAAAAGAUUUUACUUCCAAAUAGAACGUUUUCUUUAAGAGGCAUGAAAAGCAACUAUUGUUGUGUUACAGUGUUAAAAUACUCAGUUUUCUUGACAAAAAAAAAAUGUGUACUGUGUAAGCCUUGCAAAAAAAAAAAAAGAAGAAGAAGCCUGCUCUAUGGCAUUUGAAUUUUUAUAAAGGCUUCCUUGUGCCAAAUAAGUGCAAAGAUUUAAUUUACUAUUUAACAACCAUAAGCAUACGUUAUAGUUCCAGAAGAAUUAUUUUGUCAUCAAGUGAUCUUUAGUGUCAAUAUUUAUAUUUAGAUUAAUUUUUAUAAAUGAAAAUAUUUUAGAGGUUUAAGAAAAUAAGGACAGUAGGACAGUAUCUCUGAUGCCUUCUAAGUGUCAUGCUUGCCUUCACGUUAUGUGCACUGUCAACAGAAAUGAUGAAGAAGUAAAGUCAUUUAUGAAAACA